UUUUGGUUUUCUUCUUCUUUUGUUAUAAACUUUGGUUGAUUAUUUUUUGAUUAAUUUGAUUUUUGGGGAUUUCAGCUUAAGCUUGUGUGUUUUGUUAUGUGUCUUUUUUUCCUUUGAAUAUAGUUGUCUGAAUCUAAUGGAGUACUCCAUUUAGCUGGGAUUCAGAGAUUUUAGGGAUUUGGUCCUCUCUCUCUCUCUCACACACACACACACACUCUGUGUGUGUCACAUAUCUUUGAAAACAGGGAGCUAUAAUUUUGCAUUUUUGUCAUGAUUUUUUAAUAUAAAAUAAAUACAUUAUUUAUCCUUUUUUCCCAGUAUAUUCAUGUCUUCCAGGAGCAUUUGCAGUUAAUUUGGACACUAUUAUAUGGAGUAGUAUAAAUCAUGAACAGAUUGGUGUGUGUUUUGAAGGAACAGGAAGAUGGCUGUAUUUUUUGUGACAAUCAAUAUAUAGUGUUAUAUAACUGAUCGUAAAGCAUUGCCCAACUCCAACUCUCUUCGAGGAAAACUUUACUGUUCUUAGAUUACCUGGUUUCUGGGCCAAAAUCCAAAUAAGUGGUAGACGAAUUGAAACAUGGGAUAUCUUUGUGAUUUCUGUGGGGAGCAAAGAUCUGUAGUAUUCUGUCGGUCUGAUGCAGCUAGUUUAUGUUUGUCUUGUGACUGCUCUGUCCAUUCUGCAAAUGCCCUUUCAAGGCGUCACCCGAGGACACUUGUUUGUGAAAGAUGCAAUUCUCAACCAGCUUUUGUACGAUGUAUAGAAGAGAAGUUGUCCCUUUGUCAAAAUUGUGAUUGGAUGGGACAUGUUAAUUCAAAUGUAAGUCCCGUACAUAAGAGACAACCUGUUAAUUGUUACUCAGGGUGCCCUUUGCUUUCAGAACUUUCUGCUGUUUGGCCUUUUCUCUUGAAUUCUCCUACAGUCGGAGAUUCUGCAUGUGAGCAGGAAAUGGGUUCAAUGAGUAUUACUGAUAACAGAACAAUAGAUCGCCAAGAACCCCAAGAAAAAGCUAACACACAAAAUGAAUCGUUACGGGGGGAAGCUAGCAGCCAGCCUAAUAUGGUCUUGGAUAAACCAGCAGGUUGGAUGGAGUCAUUAAAUCUUCUUGAUCACAGGCUGCAGAAUGUGGAUCAGCUGACAGCAUCUACUAGCACUUCCAUGCCCAAGGUUCCCUUAUUUGGAGCAAAAGGGCGUACUUUGUAUGAGGAUGAUGGUUGCUAUGAUAAUCUCAACAUGGAUGAGAUUGACAUGGGUUUUGAAAACUAUGACGAACUUUUUGGUAUGUCUCAUGAUAAUCCAAAAAAUAUUUUUGGUGACGAUGGGAUAUUUGGGAUGAAAGAAAUGUCCACGUCCAACUGUCAAGGUGCUUCUGCUGCUGAGGUAUCAUCGACUGGAGGACUAAAUCCGAUGCAACCAGCUUGCAGCAAUGUAGCAUCUGCAGAUUCAGUUAUUAGCUCUAAAACUGAGCCCAACUUAUGUUUCACGAAGCAGGCACACUCAGGCCUCUCAUUUUCCGGCCUAACUGGGGAAACCACUGGUGGAGAUUAUCAAGACUGUGGAGUUUCAUCAUUGGCAAUCUUGGGUGACCCACCAUGGUACCCUCCAGGUCCUGAGAGUUCCAUACCUUCUACUAGUAGGACCAAUGCUGUCAUGCGGUACAAAGAGAAGAAGAAAUCACGGAUGUUUGAGAAGAAAGUGAGGUACGAAUCUCGCAAGGCAAGAGCAGAUGUACGGAGGCGUGUGAAGGGACGCUUUGUCAAGGCUGGUGAAACUUACGACUAUGAUCCACUGAGCCCAAGCAAGAGCUACUGAGCGGAAAAUAAAUCGAUAGAAAUACUAAACUGGAGAUGCUGGACGAAACCUUCCUUGACCGUGUUAUAUUGUAUGAACAGAUAAUGCUUGAUGACUCAUGCUGAUUUCUCCAUUCCCCUUGAUAGCUCCACAUGUAUAUUUGCAUUGGGUGGAGACAAGGAUCACCCAUCUGCACCUGCACUUACCAGCUAGUUUAGAUUAAUUAGCAUGACCUGCGACUGCGAGGAGAAGAGAAAGAGCCUCCUACCUCUUAGAGCAUCACCCUCCUCUCAAGGUGCACAUUUUUCAUAAUAAUGGUGGAACAACAAUUCUUCGCGGCCAGUGCAUCCGGGUCUACAUAGCAGAGACUCAAUUUGCUCACUCGAGGAAUGUGGUUGUUCGUACGCAGUCGUAGUAGUAAAUACUCUUUCUGAGAUCUUGGUGGACUAGAAGAAAGUUAAAACUGUGUAUUUUCUCUCCUUUCCCCAUGUUGGAUGGCAUGCAACACCUUCAUUAUAGCACUAGUGUUAGAACAAAGGCUGAGAUUUGUUGUUUUCAUAAGAGCUAGUAGUAUUUGUUUAUACAUAUGUAGACAUCAGUUGGUGGAUUUUGUUUGUCAUUGAUUGUUUGACUCUGGUGAUUCGCAA